CCCGGCAAUUGCAAAGCUCUCGGUCUCCUAAUCACUUUCUCUCGUACCUUUCUGAAGAAGCAGUAUGGAGUUACAUCAGAGCACCGCGCGAAAGUGCAGGCCAAGCAAAUAAGCCGCUGAGGAGGUAAUUGUAGGCAUUGCUGCCAAACCCGUAAGGCGUCUCACUCCUGUGCGAUCAAUGCUUUAAACUUGCUAUACAAAACUUACAAGCGGCAUGCAUUACAUGUCUUUUUUUGCUUUGGAAUGUUUGUGCUGGGAGAACUGGACCUUAAUCCUUUGAUGUGCGGCAGCCGGUGUAGUUAGGUCAAAUUCAAAAAUUGAAAUUCAAAAAUUCGAAUUCUACAACAAAGCAACGCGCCAGACUGAAAACCCGAUACACGAUGAGGAUUCUCCGCGUCUCAGCGGACAGAGCCACAUUUUUUUAUCAUCACUUUUGAUUAGAUCUUUCAGCUCUGAAAUCAACAUGCCUCACACUCGCAAUAGGAACCCGAGUCCAAUCCCAGAGGUGACAUGGGACACUGGAUUGAAGGAGAUGAACGAGACAUUGAAGGGGGCUAUUGCCUGUUUGGGAGUUGCUGUCUUUUUUGUCAUGACAAUUGGAAUCAUUUAUUGGCAAGUUGUGGAUCAGCCCAACAAGAACUGGAUCCUGAAGGGGAGUUUUAGUGGACUUAUUUGGGAGAGACGGACGCAAACUCUGGUCAUUCAGACACUGACUGAGGACAAGACUUUUGCGGAGAUUGACGUGGGGAAUGUGGGGAACCCUGAUAUUGAGGUUCCGUUUGUGAGGAACAUGUGCUGGCUCAACAAAACCGAAUUCUGCUACACUUGGGAUUCGGUCGCAGAGGUGAAGAUAUCUUUGGAAACAGAGGGGGAAUCAGAUACUGAGUGCUACAGUGUAACCUGGACUCCAAUUCACUGUCAUGUGGACCUGAAGGACUGUUUCUCCAUGGUGAAUAUUUCAUGGUACGGAGGUGCCAGUGUCCGUACGCCCAACUGGCCGAUAAACGAUGCCAACAUUUCUAUGCAACCCUUCAAAGUCAGUGACCUUCGGGACAUCCCCUCUGGCUUCGGAUCACUUUUAGAGCGUUACUUCCUGGGAUCUUCAGGUGUGUCAGUUAUAGUGGCCCCGAACAUCCCUCUAUAUGUAGGAAUGGAAAGCAGACAGCAGUUCUGUUUGCAGACGCCCCCAAGUAUGGAGCGCAUGCCUCUGCAGUACACUGUGUGUGUUGGACACAACAUUAAAGCCAUCCAUCAGAAGUCAAUGAAACAGCUCUCAACGGCCAGUCGAGGGCUGCCAAACAUGAAUGUCUUACGGCUUCCUUUCUGGAAGCUUCUAGCAAAUGUGGACUCAGAGGCCAAGCUAGAGAGAGAGCUGAGAACUUUCUCAAACCGUCUAAAGAGGCAUCACCUGGGGGAGGGAGUCAUCAACCUAGAUGAACAUUCCACAGCUCUCCUCUCCAACAUGGACCACAGCUACCUCAAUGGCAAGAAAAGGUCAUCUAAGAGACAGACCAGGGACCUCCCUUUUGUGAAGCUUCUAAACAUUUCCAUCACCCUGUCCCCAUACCUAAGUGUGGACUCCCAGCAGUUCCAGAGCUCCAUGCAGGAAGGCACUGAAGCAUACUGGCUGAGCCUGCCCUCAGGGCCACAGAAUCGACUGGUGCCUCUGUUGACUCAGUGGAAAGGCAAGUACAGUGUGAAGCUGAACAUCACUAACCCUGAAGCCACUAACUGGUUUCUGGACAAAGUGGACAGCUUGCAUAGCCAUUUGGGCAUGGAGUAUGUCAUCCUGGAAGGUGGCGAGGGAAACCCUUUCGAGGAACAGGCCCUGCGCCCCCCUCUGUCAUUGGUUGGGGAUGAAUAUAUCAGACUCCUUGCCGACCUGGCUGACAGGAUUGGGGACAAUGUCAUUGUAACCUCAGGAACAAGGUCCAGCCACAAACCGCUUUUCAUCCGUAUGAGUGCACUACAGUCCGACUGGAGUUACUCUGGCCUUAAGGGUAUCAUUCCAUCCCUACUGCAUCACAGUCUUCUGGGAUAUAAUUUCUUCAUUCCUGAUGCAGUAGGAGGUUCGCUCUCUGCCGAACUUCUUGCAGACGACGACCUCUUCAUCCGUUGGCUGGGAAUCGCAGCCUUCCUUCCUGUCAUCAGCUUCCAGACACCUCCAUGGGUCUUUGAGAAGGAAUGGGUCCUAAACCUCACCAGAUUCUACAUUGCCAAGCACCAUGACUUUGUAAUCCCUCUGAUAUUGAAAUAUGCAGAAGAAUGGCAAGCUAAUGGAAACCCCAUCUACAGACCACUGUGGUGGCUCAGCCCGGAUGACCCGGUCACAUUAACCAUUGAUGAUGAGUUCCUCAUUGGAGAUGAGGUUCUUGUAGCACCAGUGACUGAAAAAGGAGCUUUACAAAGAGACAUUUACCUGCCAGAGAGUGAAUUUCAAUGGCAGGACACAAACAAUGCUCAAGUGUUUGACGGAGGGAUGUUUCUGGAAAGUUACCAGGUUGGCCUUGGGGACGUGCCGGUUUUCGUACGACGGAGAUCCUGAGGCUUACUUACCACUUUUUACAGUUUUUAAAGUUUUCACUUGUGCUGAUCUCAAAUUGCACUUUCCACAAAGACCAUUAUCUGUGUCUCAAGUAGUCUUGAGAGUUGGUAGAUUACAUUUGCACUUUAAAAAAUCUAAGUGUUUUAUAUUUUCUCAUGAUUUUUAGAUCCCUCUUGUUUUUAUCCACUAUUUGUUUUGUUGAUUCAUAAGCUUUUUUUUUCUCAG